CUUAAGUUACUUGUGAAUCAUUGUAGGAAACCCUUUCUCCCUCUUCUAUUGUCUUCGGUAAUGAUAACAAAGCUUCACGGAAGAUCACUCUCAAGCUCCAUGUCGGUCGCGAGGACAACGGCUAAGGUCCGGAUGUUCCUUGUAUCGGACACGCAUAGCAUGGUGCCAUUACCAGCGUCAAGGGUGUUUCGAAUACCACUGCCAAAAUGUGAUGUGCUCAUACAUGCUGGGGACAUGACCAACACCGGCGAGAUAUUCGGGUUCGAGAGGACCUUGGAUUGGAUCAAGGAAGCCGACGCAGAGCUCAAGAUAAUCAUAGCAGGUAGUGCCCACCCGCACAAUCAAAGCGCUUACGGUAGGAAACUAACAAUCUCCCAAAGGAAACCACGACCUCACUCUGGACUCAGAAUGGUACCGCCACUACGGCCAAUACUUCCACACAACUCCCCAGAACCCGAGCCAACUCUUCGCCUCUCUGCCAUCAAAUAUCCACUACUUAAACGAAGAAUCCCGCACCUUUUCCCUCUCCUCCGGUGCGACCUUCAGAGUCUACGGCUCACCCUGGACACCCGAAUUCGGGUUCUGGGCCUUCAAUUACCCGCACAACAUUGACCGCUGGAACCCAGACCCCGCCGGGCAGCGGAACAAAACCGCUAUGGAUACUGACCCCAUCCCCGAGAACACGGAUAUCUUAAUCACACAUGGCCCCCCACAGGGUUUCCACGACGAGGUAUUUCCUAGUGGCGAAAAUGUUGGGUGUCCACAUUUGAGGAGGGCAAUCGAGAGGAUACGGCCGAGGUUGCAUGUCUUUGGACAUAUUCAUGAGAGACAUGGUGUCACGAGGGUCACGUGGAAGGAGGCGGGAGGCGGGGAGGAGAAGAGGGAGACGGUGGCUGUGCUUGGUGCUGGGGAUAUGGCAGCGCUGGCGAGGAGUUCUGGCGCAUGCCCGGCUUUGGAGGUGGAUGUUUCGAAAUCCGGGCAGGCGCUAACGGAGAAUGAGACGUUGGUGGUUAAUGCCAGUGUCUUGGGGGUGACAAGGGAGGCGAUACAUGCCGGGGUUUUGGUUGAUAUGGAGUUUCCGGUUAUGUAGGGUGGGGAAGGUCCGCUUUAUCAUAGGCUUAGAUAAUGUUAGAGUUGUUAUUUGGCCGAUAGGGUUGAGGGGGGGGGCUCGGUAUUUAGGGAAUAGAAUUGUGAGCUCAUUUAUCGAUUUU